CUUAGCAACCGGGAGCCGAGCUGAAGAGUGACGCUGCGCCUUUAAUUCCGGGGCUGGGGUGGGGGCAGUGCAGAGAGGUUCCGCUUUCCCAUUCCCUCUGCACCUCCAGUGGCGGCUGUCACCUGUAAGCCGAGCACCGCUCAGGGGCAUGGAGCCCGGCGCCCAUUGGACAGGACCUCUCAGCUGCAAUUUACCCACCAAUCUGGGGGCCGGGCCCUGCGCAGGCGGAGGGUAGGAGUCCCAGGUGCCCUCCGCCCGGAGACUUCCCAGCAAGGCGGCGAAGGCGUGACUGCAGUCCAGUUUCGGUGAUCGGAGCUCCAGGUGAGCCCGGCUGGGCGGCUGGGGCGACCCCGGAGUCGCAGGGACCGAGCAUGGCCCUGGCAGCCGCCGCCGCUGCUGCCGCCGCCGCCGCAGGGGUGAGCCAGGCGGCGGUGCUGGGCUUCCUGCGGGAGCACGGCGGGCAGGUGCGCAACUCCGAGCUGCUGAGCCGCUUCAAGCCGCUGCUGGACGCUGGGGACCCACGGGGCCGCGCGGCCCGUAGGGACCGCUUCAAGCGGUUCGUUAACAACGUGGCGGUGGUGAAGGAGCUGGACGGGGUCAAGUUCGUGGUGCUGAGAAAGAAGCCGCGACCGCCGGAAGGACCCGAGGCCCCACUCCCCUCCAGCCCUGGGGUGCCAGCCGCGCUGGCCGAGUGUGCUGCUGUCCCAGCGGAGGACAACUGUGCCCCCGGGUCUCCCCACUCCCCACAGCCCGCAGGAAAACCGCCGGAGGAGGACUCGUCCGCACCGUCCGAGCUACAGCACACCCCUGAGACCCCACCCUCGGGAGUCGCCCAGGUUGAGGCUCCAUCAGGCUCAGAGCCACAGCUCGGGGGACCCGAGGAUCCGGAGCUACCUCGGUCCUCGGAGCUAGCCCGACCGGCCAGCGUGCCGUCGGGGCUGGCCCUUCCGAUCACAGAGUCGCCAGGCCCGGAGCCUGCACCUCCCACGGCGCAAGUGCCACUGCAGAAGCCCUGCAUGCUGCCGGUGCGCUGCGUGGUCCCCGGCCCCGCAGCGCUGCGGAUCCGCGCGGAGGAGCAGGGCCUGCGUCGGCAGCGCUCGGAGGAGCCGAGCCCGCGGGGCUCCCCGAUGCUCCUGCGGCGGCUCUCGGUAGAGGAGUCGGGUCUGGGACUCCACCUGGGACCCGGCCGCUCCCCGCAUCUCAGGCGCUUGUCCCGCGCCGGCCCACGCCUGCUGAGCCCGGACACGGAGGAGGUGCCCGUCGCGCCGCCGCCGCCACCCGCGGUGCCCCUGGAGCCCACGGAGCACGAAUGGCUGGUGCGCACGGCCAGCGGCCGUUGGAGCCACCAGCUGCAUGGGCUGCUCUUGCGGGACCGCGGCCUAGCUGCCAAGCGCGACUUCAUGUCCGGCUUCACCGCCUUACACUGGGCGGCUAAGAGCGGCGACCGGGAGAUGGCUUUACAGCUGGUGGAGGUGGCGCGGCGUGGGGGCGCGCCCGUGGACGUGAACGCGCGCUCGCACGGUGGCUACACGCCGCUGCACCUGGCGGCUCUGCACAGCCAUGAGGAUGCCGCGGUGCUGCUAGUGGUGCGCUUGGGCGCCCAAGUGCACGUCCGUGACCACAGCGGCCGGCGUGCCUACCAGUACCUUCGGCCUGGCUCCUCCUACGCGCUGCGGCGUUUACUGGGGGACCCUGGCCUGCGAUCUACCACGGAGCCGGAUGCGGCCAGUGGUGGCAGUGGGAGCCUUGUGUCUCGGCACCCCGUGCAGGUGGCCGCCACCAUCCUCAGCUCCACCACUAGCGCGUUUCUGGGCGUCCUGGCCGAUGACUUGAUGCUCCAGGACCUGGCCCGAGGCUUGAAGAAGUCAAGCUCCUUCAGCAAGUUCUUGGGUGCCUCGCCCAUGGCUCCCCGAAAAAAGACCAAGAUCCGUGGUGGCCUGCCAUCCUUCACUGAACUCUCUCGUCGACCCACUACAGGACCUUUAGCUGGUUUAGUGCCCAGUCUGCCCCCUCCAAACUGAAUGGCUUGGAGCUACCAAGGCCUUGGUUGUCCUCCCAGGGCCUGUGGCAUGCCAUCUAAGCCUGUCCAAGACAGGCCCAACAUCUGCAGCCUGUCUCACUUCCAGUUUUAGCUUAUUGCAGCCUGCUGUAACCAGAUGGGCCUCCACCUUCUGGUUGAAAUUUGACGAGCCUACGGAGACUGGGAUUCUUGUUCUUCGGGUGAUGAUCCAAGCAGUCAUACCUGAUCUUGGGAGGAGACUUGAAGUUUAGGGCCAAAGGUUAAGGGGCAGCAGCUGGUCUGGCCCCUGGAGGUGUUAACCAGAGGCCUCUGGGUGGACACAUUACCAUAUCAGAAGUAGAAGGUGGCUCUCUAGAUGUUCAAAGAGGGUGACUUUAAGAUCUGUAGUGGCUUUGUAAUUUGAUGCUUUUAUUCUGUUUUUAAAUUAAAAUGAGGUACAGUAACUUUGAUAAUACCUUUUGAAAUUCUAUUUUUUCCCGUUUUUAGGCAAAGUAGUAAGACAUUUUCAGUUUUUUGCUAACUAUUUUGGAAAUCUAUCUUUUAAAAAGAGAUGGUUGCGUCUAAAAGAAAUUAGUCCUAAGCUAACAACACCCAAGCUUAUCUACCUCAUUGUAGGCAGCAGAGAGUCUGGAGUCUUGAACGUGGAGUAACUAUUGUGAGCCUAAUGAAUGUAAUUAAUUCCAAUUAUACUGUGAAUGUCAAAUAUUGAGAAACAAGGGUAUGAUUGGGCUCAUGGCCCAUACCGUUAAUCCUAGCACUUGGGAGGCAGAGACAGUCAGAUCUCUGUGAGUUCAAGACCAACCUGGUCUACAGAGCAUGUUCUAGGCCAGCCAGGGCUACACA